CUGUUAUUCAGCCAGACACUCUUCAGUGACUCCAGGCAAAAAAGCAUUGAAGUCUUCAGUGAGGUUCAAUCCGAAAGCAGUUACAGAUUACAGGCUGGAGAGGGACGGUAACGGUAAAGUGGACAUAUUUACUCCUACGAUCACCAUGAAUUCCAGAAAGCCAAGUCUUCCCCCACACAAACCAACUCUGAUUCAUGAAGGUCUUCCAAAACGAUAUCGUCUACAUACAAUGAGAAGAGUGAUUGAUGAUAAUGGGAAAGUAAGAAAAUGGACUUAUGGAAUAAAAGACACCAGUAAACAAAACAAAAUUGUUCUGCUGGUGGGAGAAACUGGCGCUGGCAAGACGACUCUCAUCAACACCAUGGUGAACUAUUUACUUGGUGUGAAGUUUGAAGAUGAAAUUUGGUAUGAAAUCACAGAAGAAGAAGCAAGAGAUCAAUCAGAAUCACAAACCUCUGAAAUCACCAUGUAUGAGGUCUUUCAUUCAAACAGUCCUAUGUCACUCACCAUCAUUGACACUCCAGGCUACGGAGACACUAGAGGACUGGACAAAGAUCUGGAAGUUGCUGAAAAUUUAGCCACUCUGUUUCAGAGUAAUGAUGGAGUACGUGAAGUCGACGCUGUGUGUUUUGUGAUUCAAGCGUCUAAGAAUCGUCUCUCAGACCGUCAGCAUUACAUUAUAAGUUCAAUACUGUCUUUGUUUGGAAAAGACAUUGUGAACAACAUUAUGUUUUUAAUCACACACUCUGAUGGUUUACCACCCAAGAACGUCCUCGGUGCCAUUAAUAAAGCUAAAAUACCCUGCAGACGAGACAAAAGCGACCAACCUGUUUAUUUCUUAUUCAACAACCGGCAGGCUGACACCCGUCACAAUGAGAAGCGUUACAUUCGUGCUCAAAGAGAUGCCUGGGAAGACAGUGUGGAAGAGAUGAAGAAAUUCCUUCAGUCUAUGAAUGAAACAAACAGUUGAAGUUUAGAGCUGACUUCAGAUGUCCUGAUCGAGCGCAUUCUAUUAGAAGCAUCUAUGGGCAACUUAAAACUGCGUGUUCAAGAGAUGGAGCAGAAAAUGGCUGAAAAACUUCAGAUUCAGGAGGUGAUGGUGCGAAACAAGGAAAAGAUUGAGGAGUGUAAAAACUUUACCUUAACUUUAAAAAGGACUGUGAAACUGAAAGUGCUCAUUGAGAGCGAAUCGUGGAAGCACAGGAAGGCGACGACCUGCACCGUCUGUGAGGAAAACUGUCAUGAGUUUGGCUGCUGGUGGGCUUCUAAUCCCAGCAAAUGUGAAGUCAUGAAAGACGGCUUCUGCAUUGUGUGCACAGGGAAGUGUCAUCACAGCCAACACGUCAAAGAAAACCAUAAAUACAUCAUCAAAAACUCCAGCAUAAAGGUCGAAUUUGACAACUUCAUCAAAAAUUUUGAAAAAGCUGAAAAGAACUCCAAGACGUUUUCAGUUAUAAAGGAAAGACUUGACAAAGAUCUGCAGGAGAUUGAGGACCAAAUUUUAAUUCUUCUGUUCAAUGCUUACAGGACCAUAAAGCAUCUGUCUCAGAUCGCAUUAAAACCAGACUCGGCUUUCACUCUUAAGCAUCUCAACUUCUUCAUCCCCAGAGUGAAGGAGGCUGGGAAAGAAAACUGGGCCCAAGAGCUGGAGGAAAUGAGGAGAAAUGCUGAAACUGAAGAAGCGAAUAAAGACACUUUGAGUUAUCUCCAGGCAGGUCUGGCAAAACUAGAUCUUCUUUUUAAUAAAGAAUGAACAAAUGCAGACAGGACAACUGAUGAAUCAAUGACAAGAUGAAAGCUGUUUACAAUGAGAAAUAAAUGCAGGCUACUAUCUGUAGAUCUGAAGAUAAUAACAUUCAUUUAACCAUAGUGUCAAGUUAAUUUUCAUUCCUGUUUUUAGUUUUUAUAACUAGGCAAGCUUGAUAACAUUUUAAUAAAAAAUAAUGUAAAUUAGUAUCUUACAUUUUUGGAGACUGGAUGGUUUCAUAAAAAUGUCACAACCAAAAACAGAUAUUUGAUUACUCGUGUCAAACUUGGUUGAUCUCUUCUCCUUUUCACCUUCAUCAUUUGCAAUCUGUUUAAAUAUUUCCUGUUUCAUCUCUUUUUUUAUUUUUUAAGUUUUGCUGUUUAUCUUAAUCUCU